AGCUCGGCCGCCGUCCCCUGUCAACGUGACUGUCACUCAGCUGAAGGCGAACUCGGCCACUGUCUCCUGGGAUGUCCCGGAGGGAGAUGUCGUCAUUGGCUAUGCCAUCUUGCAGCAGCGGCAGGACGGGCAAAUGCAGCGCUUCAUCCGGGAGGUGAACACCACCAACCGGGCCUGCGUGCUGUGGGACCUGGCGGAGGAUGCCGACUACAUCAUCCAGGUGCAGAGCAUCGGCCUGCAUGGAGAGAGCCAGGCCAGCAAGCGGGUCCAUUUCCGGACCCUGAAGGCGACCGAUCGCCUCCCCUCCAACAGCUCCAACCAAGGUGAUAUCACUGUGGAAGGGCUGGACAAGGAGCGACAGCUGCAGACCGGGGAGAUUGUCAUCAUUGUGACUGUGCUGCUCAUGUGGGCAGCAGUGAUUGCGCUCUUCUGCAGACAGUACGACAUUAUCAAGGACAACGACUCCAACAACAACAAGGAAAAGACCAAGCCGUCCUCAGAGCACAGCACCCCAGAGCGACCCACAGGGGGGCUACUACGCACCAAGAAAAAGUCUCUCUCUGUCAAUAUCAUUGAGGUGUGAGACUCGAGGGCCCUGGAAAGACCGUGGGGUACAAGGGCCACCCCCCGCUGCCGGGGGCCCUCCGCAUGCCAAGAAUUGUUUAUCAGAAACUGCUUUUUCCACGGCCUUGCCCCCAAGGGGAUCUGCAUGGAGACCACUGGGAUGCUGCAUGCAGAACAGCCUCACCCCCUGCGUGUAACCAGCCUCCCAGGGCCGUUUGGGAGUCACUGGGGAGCGGGGCACAGCGCCGGCCCACGGAACAAACAGCGCAGCCGGAUUUCAGGGUGAGGAAUCGUCCCGCUGGUGCUGAGAAGUGGCACCUUGUGUCCCUGUUAGGUAAAUGGCAGGGUGGAUCUGAGCAAGAGCACAGACUGCACCAGGAACCUGAGGAGGGGCCACGCUCUCACCCAGCGUGCCUGGGACCUCAGAGGGAUUUUCUGUUUGUUUCUGGCCCCACAGAAGUGCCCAUGUUCCAGCCCCCUAACCCUGCAAGCCCUGCCCUGGGGCCCACGAGGUGAAGCAGGUGCUAGCGUGGGAAGAGACCUGAUCGAGCCGGGGAGGCUCCUCAGCUCUCCCUGUAAGGAGUGUGACUGGCAGGGUGGCCCCAUGCCCUUGCAGCUGGGGCCCAGGAGGCUGGCUGGGUCCCUGGGCUGCCAUCCCUUUCCUUAGUGUCACUGCCACCACCCUGGGUACGAGGUGGGCAGAGGUCUCACGCCAGCCACCCGCUGGGGCAGGGGGGCACACCCAGUGCUCCUAGAAACAUACCCCUGCUAGCAGCAUUGCCUGCGGGGGCUCCCGGCCACGCUCAGCGCUGGGGGCGGGAGGGAAAUCUAGCCCACUGGCUCCAGCAUGCAGAAGCUCUGGCCCAGCAGCCCCAGUGAGGCCACAUGGAGCCGGAGUCUGGGCACUGGAAACAUCCCCCGGCCCCAGAGAAAUGUGUCGGAGAGAGAGCAUCAGGCUGACUCCCCACACCCCCGAAGGGCACAAGCCCCAACGCAAAUGCCUCCGGCCCCUCUGCUCCACCAGGCAAAGGGUUCAGUGCAGGACUCUGCCCCUGCCCCCUCCAGGACAAAGCCUUCCCCAUAGGGCCUGCCCAUCCCCCCACCCUGCCCCCUCCAGGACAAAGCCUUCCCCAUAGGGCCUGCCCAUCCCCCCACUCUGCCCCCUCCAGGACAAAGCCUUCCCCAUAGGGCCUGCCCAUCCCCCCACUCUGCCCCCUCCAGGACAAAGCCUUCCCCAUAGGGCCUGCCCAUCCCCCCACUCUGCCCCCUCCAGGACAAAGCCUUCCCCAUAGGGCCUGCCCAUCCCCCCACUCUGCCCCCUCCAGGACAAAGCCUUCCCCAUAGGGCCUGCCCAUCCCCCCACUCUGCCCCCUCCAGGACAAAGCCUUCCCCAUAGGGCCUGCCCAUCCCCCCACUCUGCCCCCUCCAGGACAAAGCCUUCCCCAUAGGGCCUGCCCAUCCCCCCACUCUGCCCCCUCCAGGACAAAGCCUUCCCCAUAGGGCCUGCCCAUCCCCCCACUCUGCCCCCUCCAGGACAAAGCCUUCCCCAUAGGGCCUGCCCAUCCCCCCACUCUGCCCCCU